CCUGUGCCCUCUGUGAGACUUGUCCCUCAGGACCUUUGCACCCUCACCCCCCACGCCCCAAGCUCUGGGGUCUCCCUGCACGGAGCUUGCCCCAGUCACCCCAAGGACUCACCAAGGAGCGUUGGCGGUGCUUCCCAGCCCGCCCUUUAUCUGAAGGACUUUCCCAUUGCUGUCUCCUGACUCUUGCUUCUCUCUAAGAUGCCCCUGACCAACACUGUUGAUCUAUUUUCUGGAGAUGUCUUCCCCAACACCAGUGUUGCCUGAAGGCCACACACCCUGGUCAUGUCCCCCAUCACGGAGUCCACCCAGGGGCCUCUUGGAGCCGAGGUCCCUUCUCUCCCCCUUGACCUCUGUGUGCUUCCAGCCAGCAGGUCUGGUACUGUCAGACUGUCUGAGCUCGUGGGGACCAAACACAGACUGUUUAUUUUGUGAGGCGGUGCCUUUUGGCUUCAUUGGAAAAGGUUAGGAAAAUGACCCAGUACUAGUGUGUUUUUUGUUUUUUUUUUUUGAGAGGAAGGAGGGGAUUCUGCUCUUCUUUAUGUGAAUGAUAAACAUUUCAUUAAAGCACUUAUUUUAAUAAUUCCUUCUUAAAAAUGAGUUUUUCAGGGCCGGCCCUGUGGCAUAGUGGUUGGGUCUGGUGCGCUCUGCUUCGGCAUCCUGGGUUCGCGGGUUUGGAUCCCGGACGUGGACCUACAGCACUCACCAGCCAUGCUGUGGCAGCGACCCACAUACAAAAUAGAGGAAGAUUGGCACAGAGGUUAGCUUGGGGCUAAUCUUCCUUAAGCAAAAAGAGGAAGAUUGGCAAUGGAUGUUAGCUCAGGACGAAUCGUCCUCACCAAAAGAAAAAAAAAGAGUUUUUGAUAUCUAGAUCUGUUGUUCUUAAUUUGCAAUGGUAUCCUGGCAUUUUUUGUAUUUGUGAUCUAAACCCCAUUCUUUCAAAAACACCCAAAAAAUAAAAGACUGUCUAGCAUUUAAAAUUAUUUUUAGAGCCAGCUCUGAUGGCCGAGUGGUUCAAGUUCGCCGCUCUCCCUGCUUCAGUGGCUUGGGUUCAUUACCCGGUGCAGAACCACACCACCUGUCAGUAGCCAUGCUGUGGCGGCAGCUCACACAGAAGAACUAGAAGGACUUACAACUAGGAUAUACAACCAUGCACUGGGGCUUUGGAUAGGGGGAAAAAAAAAAGAAGAUUGGCAACAGAUGUUAGCUCAGGGAAAAUCUUUCCAAGCAAAGAAAAAAAACUUAUUUUUAAAAACUGAAAUAAAUUUAGAUGAAUUUUGGUGUGCCAUUUGUGGGAAAGGUUUCAGGGCAACCCUCAUUAGGAACCCUCAUUAGAUGAAAUUAGGCUGAAUAAUUUCAUCUAGAAGAACAGAAAAACCAAUGUUAAUAGUCAGUACCAUGGCUUUUUAGUAUUUGUGUGAAAGGAAUAUUACUCAGACAUUGAAGAGCACGUUUUGGAAGAGUGACGAUGGCAUGGGAGAAUGCUCACACCAGGUGGGCUGCAGAAGUUUCGAUCAGUCUAGUUUAUUCCCUUCAUUAAUUAACUCUAAAGGAAGAUGAAAGAAGCUGUGGAUAUUAUAGCACAGAAAAAGCCAUCUGCAAAUGAAAUUUACGUGGCCAGAACCUUCCUUACGAGGAUUUUGAGAAACUCUAUGAGGAGGAAUGAGCUGAGCUGGAGGCCUCACUCCUGGCACGCCACCAAAUUCUCCGAGAGCCACCCCGAGACAUCAGCAUCUCAGUUCUCCUCCGCCGGUGUCUGCCCUUCUUGGCACGGCCGACACCACACGAGUUCUUCCUCCCAUGACCUGUCGGGCGCGUGGGAGCAGACCAACCUGCAGCGCACCUCUGACCAUUUCAGCUCCCUGGGCAGCGUCGACAGCCUAGACCACCCUUCCCAGCCCUACCCCUCCGGACGCCUCUCCGCCGCCAAGUCCAACAGCAGCAUCGACCGCCUGGGCGGCCCAAACCAGCGCGACUCGGCGUACGGCUCAUUCUCCACCAGCUCCAGCACGCCUGACCACACCUUGCCCAAGGCCGAUGCCUCCUCCACGGAGAACCUCCUCUACAAAGUGGGCCUCUGGGAGGCCUCCAAGCCGGGCAGUAGCUGGCAGGGCCAGGCCGCCGGCGACCCUCAGGGCCCAGAGGAAAGGUUUGGGUAUUUCCCUUCCAGGGUCCCCUGUGACAGCAGCAAAAGCCCCAGGCCAGAUGACAGUCCCGAGCCUAAGCUGGCCACUUCUGGGAGGUCCAGUUUGGGGCCAGUCUGGUAUGUUCCCGAGAAGAAAAAAGCACCUUCCUCCCCUCCCCCACCGCCUCCCCCUCUCCGCAGUGACAGCUUUGCUGCCACCAAGAGCCACGAGAAGGCCCAGGGCCCCCCGUUCUCAGAGGUGGCUGACACGCAGCACUUUCCAGGCCUGACCUGGGCUCAGCCCUGCAGCGACUGGAGACCAGACCCUGCCGAUCAGCAGCGAAGGCUGACGCGCCCCUCCGACGGAAGGAGACCCGGGAGCUCGGGCUGUGCCCUGGAUGUCCACCUGGACUGCGGGUGGCUGUCCUCUGACUACGGGGCCCCCAGCCGGCUUCAGGCCUCUCUGUCCAGCACGGAUGUGCGUUUCCCACAGCCUUCCUACGGGUGCCAGCACCCACGCCAAUACAGUGACGAGAGUCCCUUCUUGCACGAGGGCCCCAGGGCCGCCGUAUCGCUGAGGGAGCAGCCCCGUGUAGCUCUCACUGGGGGCCGCCAGGAGCCCUCUGCUGACAGCUUCCAGGAUGACAGCCCCACUCAUGUCAGGUGGCCCAGUGCUGCCGACCAGAAGGGGGACGGUGGCGGGCAGAGCUGCUACUCAUGUGUGCCCACGAGACAGUGCCUUCCGGGGGGUGCCCAGGCCAUGCAGCUGCGAGGGGAAUAUUGGCAUUCUGACCCAGCUCCAGGUGCUCCCCAGUAUCCCGCCACACAGCCACUGGGCCCAAAGCCCCGGGGCUGCCUACCUCCGCACGAGGGGCCCUGGGGCGCCCCUGAGAGGGAAAGGGGGGACCCCGUGCACAGAGGGGCAGAGGGCCGCUGCACGGGAGUCAAGGAGCUACAAAGAGGUGGCCACGUGGAGAAAGCCGGCCCGAAAAAAGUCACAGAUGGCGUCAAGUGGGCUGAGGGAGAAAGCAGCAAGAUCUCCCCACACCAGACGCCCCUGCUGCAUUCGCUGGCCCAGGAGGGGACCCACCGGCCCCAGGAGGGCCGAGAGGGCGGCAUGGAGAGGCUGCCGGCCUUCGAUGCCCAGGUGGGCAAACCCACACGGAGAAGUGACCGGUUCGCCACCACCCUGAGGAACGAGAUCCAGAUGCGACGAGCCAAGCUGCAGAAAAGCAAAAGCACGGUGACCCUGACUGGCACCAGCGAGGGGGAGGAAGAGGCCUGCGGAUCGAGGGCGGAGCUGGGCCGGGCCGCCGGCGCCACCCUGGAAGGUUCUUUCCCGGGCACCUAUGAAGACCACGUGAAGGAGGCUCAAGCCCGGGUCCUGAGGGCCACGUCGUUUAAGCGCCGUGACUUGGACCCCAGCCCGGCUGACCAUUAUGCAGGGUCACCAGACCACAGCACGGAACCCAACCCUGUCCCCUGCUUCUGGGAGGUGGGCCUGGCCAAGCUGCCAUCGUCUGGAGGUGGCAUGCCACAUGUUCCCCGCGUCGGGGGCCGGAGACGGUUCACAGUGGAGCAGAAACUGAAAUCGUACUCGGAACCGCAGAAGAUGCACGAGGUGGGGCUCUCCGGGGAUCACCGCCCGCCCCAGCACCCCGGUACCUCCCAGGAGACCGUGGGCACGUUUGCCGACAGGUGGAAGUUUUUUGAGGAGACGAGCAGACCCGUUCAGCAGAGGCCUAGGCAGAGGCAAGCGCUUUGUGGAUUCCCAAAAGAGAAGCUGGAGAGGCCACAGGUGGCAGGCCACGGGUGCGAGGGCGCAGAGCCUUGCUUCCAGAAGAGGGCCCGCACGACCUCCUUUGGAGAAAACCUCAGCAGUCACAGAAAAGCGGGGAAGCUGGGGAAAUCAGAACCGCCUCAGAGACUUGGAACCUUUGCAGAGUAUCAAGCCUCUUGGAGGGAACAGAGGAAAGCCCUGGAAGCCAGGAGUUCGGGGAGGUAUCACUCAGCGGAUGACAUCCUGGAUGCAGGUCUGGACCAGCACGAGAGGCCGCAGUACAUUCACGAAAGGUCCCGGUCGUCGCCGUCCACAGACCUCUACAAACAGGAAGCUUCGGUCGAACCACGACGACAAGCAGAGGACCCUGGUGAGCACAGAGACGUUUCCUCCACGGUCUGGGCUGAGGAGGGACGUCCCACCUCAAGACAAGCAGAUGCCCAGUGUCGGGAAGACAGUCCAGGAGCACAGCGGGACCCAGGGACCCCGUCCCAGGUCUCUGAGCCAUCUCACGCCUGGGAAGCUGCAGAGGCGCCCCGGGAGGGCCGCAGCCGAGCGGGGACCCUACCUCGCGAUUACAGAUACUCAGAGGACACCGCGCCCGCAGCCCCGCUGCCGCCGCUCGGCCCGGCACCGCCAGCGCAGAGCGCCCCCGCGGCCGCGCACGCUCAGGGCCAGGAGCUGCGGCCCGUGAACGCCGCGCUGCUCGCCAAGAGGCCGGCCCCGCAGAGGCCGCCGCCGCCCAGGCGCGAGCCCAGGCGGCUCAGGGGCCUGGCCCCUGCGGGCGCACCUGCAGCCGCCCACCUGGGUGCACCUGCAGCCACUCACCUCAGCCGGCCCCUCCCCCUCUCGUCCCCCGUGGCCCUGGAGGUGUGUGUGGCCCGCCUGUCCCUCUCCCAGAGCCCCUGUGCCUUGGCGGAGAGGCUGAGCGGUGCCCAGCCUGCAGACGGCGCUGAGCAGGACAGGCAGGAUGUAGAUGAGCACACAGCCUGUCUGAAGCGGGAAGCCCUGCUCCCUUCCAAGGUCUGGCCCGUGCAGACGUCCGCAAUGGAGACCUCUCGCUCCCCUUCUCCUCAGUUCGCCCCCCAGAAGCUGACGGACAAGCCUCCGCUGCUCAUCCAGGAUGAGAACUCCACAAGGAUUGAGCGCGUCAUUGACAACAACACCACGGUGAAGAUGGUACCCAUCAAGAUUGUGCACUCAGAAAGCCAGCCAGAGAAGGAGAGCCGCCAGGGCCUGGCCCACGCCGCCGAGCUGCCCGCGCUGCCCAGCGGGCUGGAGAGAGACCAGAUCAAGACGCUCAACACAUCCGAGCAGUGCUACUCACGCUUCUGCGUGUACAGCCGCCAGGGCGCCGAGCCCGAGGCCCAGCGCGGGGGCCGGGCGGCCGAGCCCCAGCCCCCCAGCACCCCAGCGCCCCCUGCCAAGGAUGGCCAGGCCUCCCCUCCUGGGCUCAGCUACGUGAAGGCCAAAGAGAAGACGGCCGAAGACCUGAAGUCAGAGGAGCUGGCCCGGGAGAUCGUGGGGAAGGAUAAGUCCCUGGCUGAUAUCCUGGACCCCGGUAUGAAGAUCAAAACCGCCAUGGACCUGAUGGAGGGGAUCUUCCCCAAAGACGAGCACCUCUUGGAAGAAGCUCAGCAGCGGAGGAAGCUGCUCCCCAAAAUCCCCUCUCCUAGAACCACAGAGGAGAAGAAAGAGGAGCCCAGCGUGCCUGCGGCCGUGACCCUGGCCACUAAUUCCGCCUACUAUAGCACGUCGGCCCCCAAGGCGGAGCUGCUGAUUAAGAUGAAGGAGCUGCAGGACCAGCAGGAGUCCGAAGAGUCUUCAGGGAGUGACUUGGACCACGACCUGUCGGUGAAGAAGCAGGAACUCAUCGAGAGCAUCAGUCGCAAGCUGCAGGUGCUCCGGGAAGCCCGGGAGAGCCUGCUGGAGGACAUCCAGGCCAACAGCGCGCUUGGGGACGAGGUGGAGGCCAUCGCCAAGCAGGUCUGCAAACCCAACGAGUUCGACAAGUUCCGGAUGUUCAUCGGGGACCUGGACAAAGUGGUGAACCUUCUGCUGUCACUGUCAGGCCGCCUGGCCCGGGUGGAAAACGCCCUCAAUAAUUUGGACGACAGCACUUCUCCUGGUGAUCGGCAAUCGUUGCUUGAGAAGCAACGGGUCCUCAUCCAACAGCAUGAAGACGCCAAGGAACUCAAAGAGAACCUGGACCGCCGGGAGCGCAUCGUGUUCGACAUUCUGGCCAGCUAUCUCAGCGAGGAGAGCCUCGCAGACUAUGAGCAUUUUGUGAAGAUGAAGUCAGCCCUCAUCAUUGAGCAGCGGGAGCUGGAAGAUAAAAUACACCUGGGUGAAGAGCAGCUGAAGUGCUUGUUUGACAGCCUUCAGCCCGAAAGAGGCAAAUAGGAGGGCCCUCCCUGGCGGAGGACAGAAACUGGGCCUUUGAGCUCCGUUCCUGAGGAUGCAAGCGAAAACCCCAGCCUGUAUUUAUGUCCCAUAGAGAGAAUCCUUCGAUAGCGAAAUGGCUGGUAGAAAAGCAAUAACUUCCAUGUGUUUGGGAUGAUUUAUUUAAUUCUUUAGUUUCCCUUUUGAAUGCCGAGCAGAGUGGCUCACCGUUAGCCGUUUUCCUUUACCGGUAACCACACGUGGCACGCGGCUCUGGUGAAUGGCGAGUUUCCACAGUAUAGACUGUGGACUCCGCUCCCGUAGUGCAUGCGAGUGGUCAUUUUCAGUGGUAGGUCUGCCCUUCCUCCUGUCUUCACGUGCUUGAACCAACCACUCAGGAAGCAACCAAGUGAGUCUUUUAGGUGCAUGAGGGGGAAACCCUGGCUCACGUCUUCUCUUGUGAUUCAGCCAAGGCACGGGCUGCCAUGUUUUGUCCCUGUUCAUCCAACAGUGUUGAGCAUUUGUUGUCUCUAUCAUAUAAUGAUGUUCUCUGACGUAGUAAAAAUCAUGAUGAUGAUGACGAUAAUUUAUUAACAUUUUGGAAAGGUGAAUAGUUUCCAAAUGGUUAAAAACCAACUGUGAAAUGAAGAACCCACGUGUUGGGUUCACUCAUUCUAAAAUUGCCACUUAAAGAAAUAGUGUGCAUGCUUUAAAACACUCACACAGAAGGCAAACAGAUAGCUUUAGUACUCCUUACCUGACAUUACAGGUCAGAUGUUUUCCUGCAAAGUGAAAUUACUUGGGUAAAAGUGUGUCCAGUAGUAAUGUGCUUGCUAGAUAUUUGUUUCAUGAGACCAAUAAGAUAUUUCUUAAAUUACUUUUUCCCCAUAACGUGUGUUUUGUGUGUGUGUGGUCAUUAAUGAUAAUUGGCUGCUUUUCUCUUUUUGCCUCUUUAAGUCUGUUACCAUGCCACGAGGGCCACGUUCCAUUUACUGUAAGAACCCUUGUUCUGGUUUUUCAGAGGUCCUGUGGACUGUGUAACUCCUAAACUUGAUCAUUUUGUGCCACAGCAUUUCUGUGCUCUUUUUACUGGUUGAAAUUGCAAGAUUCUAAAGAGAGUCUAUUUACUAAAAAAACAUUGUCAUGCUGUCAAUUUCCAGUGGACAAGUCACAGACUGGGAGAAAAUAAUUGCAAAUCAUAUAUGUGAAAAGGAUUUGUAUCCAGAAUGUACAAAGAACUCUCAAAACUCAACAGUAAGAAAGUGAACAGCCCGAUUAAAACAAGGGCAAAAGAUUUAAAUAGACACUUCACCAAAGAGGAUAUAUGCAUGGCAAAUAAGCACAUGAAAAGAGAUUCAACUGCCAGCUGCUGGGUUAUAACUGACUUAUUUUUAUCUAAUCAUUGUAGAGCUGGUGUCUUUCUUCACAAAUGCUCAUCUCAUUAAAUGCAUGGUUAAUGCACGAGAACCCCUCAGAUCACUUCACGUCAAGGUAAUAUUCAGACAUUUGUUUGAUCUAGGGAUCGUUGUAAUCUUCAUUCCCUCUUAUUCCCAUAUAAGAAGUUUUCCAAUGGGUGGGGGGAUGUCCCUUUGUCAGCCGUGACCGCCGCCUUACCAGAACACACACGCACACACAAAUGUCUUAAAGGACAGGUGUCCACACUGUGUGAGCCAGAGGAGUGAGCUGGACUCCUGAGCCACUGUGUUGAUGGCAGUGCCCUCCAUGAGGGAGUCCAGACCAGCAGGCUUCAGUGAUGCAGGCAAUACACGCUCUUUUUGGCAGCCCACCCACGCCAAAAAGAUAAAUGCCUUUUCCAAAGGUUUUAUUGCUAUGAAAUUAAGCUAUUUCUGACUUGAAAAAUCCCUGUUCUGCCAAUGAAGUGUCUGCCUCCUUUCCACCUGGUCUAGUCACCUGCUUUGAGGACUGGUCGCGUCAGAAAAGAUAGAGCUGGCUUCGACGGACCUCCAUCUUUCUCCCUUGGGGAGACAACCCCAGUAAUUUCAGUGUACUUUGUUUUUAAUUUAGACAAAGCUUUUUAUCUGUGAUUUUUUUUUCCCCUCAAAUACAGUAUUGUGAUCAUUUUGAUGAUAUGUACGUAAAAUGUGAAUAAUAGAAUUUGUGUGUCUGUACCCAGCCUUUUGAUGUCUUUCGAGGACUUUCUCUUAUCCAUAGCAAUCUGUAGUGCUCGAGUGUCCUUUUAGCAAAGCACAUAUAAUCACCACUGUCCUGUCCAUUCCCCUGUUUGCCUCUUAAAUGUCUGGUUAGCGAGGACCCAAAGAUUCCAGUGAGUCGAUGUACAUAACUUUGUAUAUAGUUAUAUUAUUGCAGAUAAAAACAAUCUGGUGCUAAUGUUUUGCCCUUGGCAUCCAGGUGGUGGCUGAUUCCUCCCCCUCUGUCAUUGCUCAGCUGUGGAAUGCUCUGUAUAGCGAGAUUUCAGUCAGGGGUAUUGCCUGUUGCUUUUAUCCUGCAGUCCACCAUGGGAAAUGUGUACAGAUGUCAUGCUCGAGGCUGACCACUUACCUCUCAACAGAUCAUCCUUCUCGACUGUAACAAAAUAAAUAGUGUCUUUGAGUGAAUGGA